AAACAACGCGUAUUGACACGGUUAUACAAAGACUUUCACAACAGUUUGCAUCUCCACUCGUCAGAGGACCGACAGUAAGCGGCUUAUCAGCACUGCCGGCUGUACAGUUUGAACUAUUGCAGCGGUGUGUUUAUGCUGACCAUGCAUCUGCACGGGUCCAUGGUUAUUUGGGGAUUAGCACUGUUGGUCCUGUUGGCAGGCUCUCAACAACGUGUCUCAGCUGACACUGACCAUUUGGCUCCCCCGGAGGUCUCACAGUACAAUGGUACUCUGUAUGCAAUCUGCAAAAUGAGACCCAGCACUUCGCUACCUGACAGUCUGCCCAAAGUGUACGGUCAGGUGCUGUUUAAGCAAGAUUAUCCUCAGGGAAAACUAAAUGUCCUGCUUCGGUUCAAUGGCUUCCCCACAGACAGUGACCCAGAGCCCAGAGCGGUGCACAUCCAUCAGUACGGAGACCUGAGCCGGGGCUGUGACUCCACUGGCGGCCACUACAAUCCACAUGGUGUUCAUCACCCCAACCACCCUGGAGACUUUGGUAACUUUGAGCCCCAUGAAGGGAAAAUAAAUGCAAUGAUAGAAUCAGAGGCCACGCUGUUUAGAGAGCUGUCUGUGAUUGGAAGAGCAGUGGUGGUCCAUGAAAAGGUGGACGACUUAGGGCGUGGUGGAGACUCUGGGAGCCUGCUGCAUGGAAACGCAGGCCGGAGGCUCGGCUGCUGCAUUAUUGGGAUCACCCCCCCUGGCUCCUGGGAUAUGCACUAUAAGCUGUAUUCUAGGCGGCUGAGGAGGAAUUAGUUUUACAGAAAUGGAAUACACUUUAGGUCAACUUACAGGUGUGGCCUGUAUUCAUUCAUUACAGUGACAAUGAUUCGCUGUAAUCAUUGUCUGAUACCAAUAAAAUAAAUUUCCAUUAAUCUCAAAUAAAGUAUCUCAUCCUCGAUUGGACUGAGUGGCACAAAAUUUGGUACAGAUAUUAAUGAGGAUGAAUCCCACCGGCUUUAGUGGUCCUCUGACAUUUCCUCUAGCGCCAUCAUUUGGUCAACAUUUUACUUUGUCCAUGGUUGUUUUAUGAUAAAAUAUUUUCAAAAAUGUAAUUACCUUCCGCCUCAGCUGUGCUUUGCGUUUAGUGAUUAUUAGCCAAUGUUAGCAUGCGAACAUGAUAAACUAAGAUGGUGAACAUGGUAAACAUAACACCUGCAUGCAUUUGUAUGUUAGCAUUGCAAUUUCAAACAUGCGAGCAUGUUGUUAGCCUUUAGCUUAAAGAACCUGCAUUACAUCUUCCUAUUAAAGUUUAACCUUCGGGGUUCAUUUUGGAUUCUAUAUUUAAUACAUGUUUUCCAACAACAAACCAGUAGCUAAAAAACAUUUAUUUUCCAGAAAUAAAUCCAUUUUGUACACAUUUAACACAUAUGGCUCGAUGUUAUUUCUAUCUGGUGAGUUCAUAAUGUUCCAUCACAAAAACAGGACAAAGACAUCAGUGCUGGUGAUCUAGAUGUUGUAGCUUCAUAUUGUUACAGACUAAAUUCUGUAAAUGUGUUCUUAAUUAAGAUGUUUGUUCAAUGUCACCUGACAAAUUCUUAUGUUUUUAUCGAUAUCUAGUACAUUGUCAUGCAGCAUUUUAUAUAUCUUUGAUAAUAUUGUGUUGAUUGAAUAUAAAAAAUGUACGUAAGGUGUUUAGCAAAAAAGCAAAAUGUCUCACAUUUUCAAAAUUAGGACAAUAAUAAGAAAUUAAACUGUUGGAAAUGUUUGUAUUAUGUUUUAAGAAACAAAAUAAAGCUGCUCCUAAACUUUGUUCCCAACAGCUGGAUGUCUAUUUGUUGACGUAGUGAUCAAUAAGUUUUGGUAGGUUUCUUGAACGUGGGGGCAGGUGAAGUGUCGGCAGAGGUAGAAAGAUAAAGAAGAAUUCAUGUCUAAGCAACACAAAGUCUUUCUAUUCCGCAAUCGCACUUUGUCCCUCCUAAUUUUAAGUACAUUUUUGUGUGAAACUUUAACCAGUGUCUUAUUCCAGAGUUAACAGUAGAAAUGUUUAACAAAUUACAUUCACCUUCGCUGUUGAGUUCAAGUUCAAUUUCCCUGUCAGAGCGACUAAAGUAAAUGAUUGCAGACUGAAAUGUUAUGUGUCAAAAGCAGAAAAAUCUAAAUCAUCUCACCCCUGUUGUAUUCUUCAGCCCUUUUUUGCUUCUUUUAUCACUAUAAAUCAGUUUCUCCCACCUCCAUCUUUGAUACAUACACAAUGUAAAGCUUUAAACUGUGUGGUACCAGUUUGGGUAUAACUCUUUCCUGUUUCAACACCACAAUGGUGUGGAAGAACUUGACUGAUGUGCUCAAAGUUCUGACCUCAAACCCUUCCAAUGCCUAGAUAAUCAGUACCUGACAGUUAAUGCUCAGAUUUUCUUGAAGGUUUGUCAUGAGUCAUUCUUACAACUUUCACAAGGCUAUACUAAUGAGAAAAUCACGUAGUGUCCCAAUAAUUGGUUUGGAUAAUACUUUGAUUUGCAGUAAUUCUCAGAUGUCAGCAUCCAUUAUCAACCCACCAUCUGCAAAUCAUAACAACUAAAUAGCGUUACUUUCUCCUUUUUGUUUUUCAUUAUUCAUAAAAAUGAAUAAAGUAGCAUCGUAAUACAAAUGUGCCAUUGAUUUUUUUUUCCUGAUGCUCUGCAACAUGUG